AUACGAAGGCUUGCACCCGGGUAAUUUUGAGGCGGUGGCUCCAACAUGACCCCACCUGUUAUGAUGAAGGAAGGAAUCAGCAAGAAAGAUUCAGCCACACUUCAAGCAACAUACCUUUCAAAGUUCAAGGAAACAGAGCCAUCUUUGAGCGAUCUCAAAUUGAAGAAAGCAAGACCGUGGAUCCACCAAUACUCGGAAUGGUUGGAAGCGUCGCUGGACUCGGCUCCCUUCGCAUCUGCAACAAGGGAAGAGGACGGUAAUAACCGAAGAGACUGCAAUCAAAGCAUCCAUCUGCUGCUGGAAAUAGUUAAUGCAUUGGACGACGGCGAAACAGAAGCUACAGCAUGGUGGCAACAACUCGAGGAGGUAGUAUCAGAGGUUCGCCAAGAAACAACACAACCAUUGGCAUACGAGUUUUUACAACACCUAGCAGAGAUUACAGAAUGCGACAUCAGUACAUUUCGUAACUGGCCUACCCUACACACACAUCCCCAGGCUCUGGGCAAAAAGAGAGCAAGGGAACUGCACAGAGUGGUGGUUUGGAUGGACAAACAACAGAGAUUUCGCGAACAAAUCCUGGAUACAAUACAUAAGGUUUUGAAAUUAUCAGCCGGGUCCCGAAAGGCGCUCAAAUAGCUUAUGCAGCAAACUUCUGGCAAACAGGGAAUAGGUGCUUGACGAAAAAUACUAGACCAGCUUCAUGACAACAUCCUCCCAACGUAUGAGGAGAUGAUCGGUUACUCACUUGCAUGAAGAAACUCGAAGGGAGGGGAAUCAGGAUCCGACUCCAACUUGACAGAGAAAUUCAUGCUCGAAAUGCAUGUGGGAAGAGAUUUACUUCUCAGCACCGACGAGGAAGAAGCUCUUUCAAUGGGGGAAAACUAACUCACCAUGUUGUCCUCACUGUCCAGACCGAGAAGAAACCAGACGGUUGCUGCUACUUUGCAAGCAUCAAACGCAUUGUCCUCAUCGAAUUUGCAAGGACAUCGGAAUAUGACGGAGUCGAACAAACAAGUCUGGAAUGCCUGAAGAAGAAAUUUCAGGAAAAGGAAGAGAAAUAUGCCCCUCUGCGAGCAGCAAUCACAGCUUUGCUACCUGACCAUGAAGUGGAACAAGCAACAUUCAUAGCAGGAGUGAAAGGAUCGAUCAUGGAGAGGGAAUGGCAUGAGAAUUUCAGGAGGCUAAGGGUGGAUGACACGGAAUGGGAAGGCAUCAAGACAGCAGCAAUCAAGCAACUGCUGGAGGUGCAACACAUGCUAUGGACGGCAAGAAGGGUAAGAGAGUCGAUGUAGUCCGAUGGGGGCAGGCGCGGCUCAUGGGCAAGCCACCCAUGGCGCAUGGUCAUGGGCUGCAUGAAGGGAAGAAGAGAAGGGCUAGCCAGCAGGAGAAGGUACAGCCUUGCCACAGUGGGCGACUGCGUGUUGGGGGGGGA